AGAGGUAUUUUACGAUUCCAAUAGUGUUUCCGAAAUCCCCAUCUCUGGUGCAGCAUAAUAGUUUCAUGUUCCUGGACGUAAAAACGAAAUUAACGCACCUCUUGUUAUGGCGAUACACAAAUAAUGGCCAAUCACAGGACCCGUUAUUACGUAUUUCCGUGCAUGUACACUGUCAUGUCAGCCCACAUGCGCACCACAGUUGUGUGAAGGAUACAUUUUUCCAUUAAAAAUAAAUAUUUUAUGUUAGUUCUCCUCGAAUAAUAUGAGAAAUUUACUGAGGCUUGGGCCAUCGCUUGUCCGACUAAACGUGCGGUUGUGUCACCAGACCGUGUGGAACAGCCAUGGAACAAUAAGAAAAGUCGAAGUAGACUUGGGGGAAAAAAAACUUGAGAUCUCCACAGGGAAACUUGCCAGAUUUGCAGAUGGGUCAGCUGUUGUGCAGCUUGGAGAUACAACAGUGAUGGUGACUGCUGUCAGCAAAACUAAACCAUCCCCCUCCCAAUUUAUGCCACUCGUGGUGGACUACAGGCAGAAAGCAGCUGCUGCUGGUAGGAUCCCUACUAACCACCUUCGGCGAGAGUUGGGCUCCACUGAAAAUGAGAUUCUGACCAGUAGGCUUAUAGACAGGGCAAUCAGACCUCUUUUUCCAGCUGGUUAUUUCUAUGACACUCAGGUCCUAUGUAACCUGUUGGCAGUCGAUGGUGUCAAUGAUCCUGAUGUACUGGCCAUUAACGGAGCCUCAGCAGCUCUUGCCCUGUCUGACAUUCCUUGGAAUGGACCCAUUGGUGCUGUGCGCAUUGGUCUGGUUAAUGGGGAGUUCCUGGUGAACCCAACCCGAAAGGAAAUGGCUUCCAGCACUCUCAACCUCAUUGUGGCUGGUGCGGCACUCAGCCAAGUUGUGAUGAUCGAGGCAUCUGCUGAGAACGUGUUACAGCAGGACUUCUGUCACGCUAUCAAGGUUGGCGUGAAACACACACAACAAAUCAUACUGGCUAUUCAGCAGAUGGCCAGACAAGCAAAGGUGUCCAAGCGCACACCGUCCAAAACCUUUUCUGCUCCCUCAGAAAUGAUUGAGCUUGCACGAAACUUGGCCUCUGAAAAGGUCUAUGCUGUUUUCACAGACUACACUCAUGAUAAAAUCUCCAGAGAUGAUGCCAUUAACAAAAUACGAUUAGAAACAGAGGAACAAAUUAAAGAGAAAUAUCCUGACGCAGAACAUUUUGAGGUGAUUGAGUCUUUCAACAGUGUGUGCAAGGAAGUCUUUCGCAAUUUGGUUUUGAAUGAAUACAGAAGAUGUGAUGGAAGAGACCUGACAUCAUUGAGAAACAUUAAUUGUGAGACAGACGUCUUUAAGCCUCUACAUGGGUCUGCUCUUUUCCAGAGGGGACAGACACAGGUACUGUGCUCUGUAACUUUUGAUUCAUUGGAGUCAAGUGUUAAAACCGACAUCAUCACUACAGCGUUAAGUGGAAUCAAAGACAAGAAUUUCAUGCUUCAUUAUGAGUUCCCGCCUUACGCAACCAAUGAGAUUGGAAAGAUGAGUGGAAUGAACAGAAGAGAGCUUGGUCAUGGGGCACUGGCCGAGAAGUCUCUGAGACCUGUGAUCCCGAAAGACUUCCCGUUCACUAUUAGAGUCACCUCUGAGGUUCUGGAGUCCAAUGGGUCCUCGUCUAUGGCAUCAGCAUGUGGAGGCAGUCUGGCUCUGAUGGAUGCUGGUGUGCCUAUUACAUCAGCUGUAGCAGGUGUUGCUAUUGGACUUAUUUCCAAGGCAAACCCAGAAAAUCCAUCGGAAAUCCAAGACUAUCGAAUACUGACUGAUAUCCUGGGAAUAGAGGACUAUCUUGGAGACAUGGACUUCAAACUAUCAGGAACAAAUAAGGGUAUCAAUGCAUUACAGGCUGAUGUGAAGAUACCAGGAUUACCUCUGAAACUUGUAAUGGAGGCCAUUCAGCAAGCAACGGCUGCUAAGAGGGAGAUUUUAGGCAUCAUGAACAAGACCAUUUCCAAGCCUAGGGCUAACAGAAAGGAAAAUGGCCCCGUUGUAGAAAAUGUCAGAGUCCCUGUCUCCAGACGAGCACGCUUUGUUGGGCCAGGGGGCUAUAACCUCCGCAGACUACAAGCUCAAACGGGUGUAACGAUAAGCCAGGUGGAUGAGGAAACCUUCUCUGUGUUUGCACCUACUCCUGGUGCCAUGAACGAAGCCCAGGAGUUCAUUACAGACAUCUGCAAGGAUGAUCAAGAGCAGCAGUUAGAGUUUGGAUCUGUUUACACUGCAACCAUCACAGAAAUAAGGGACAUUGGUGUCAUGGUGAAGCUGUAUCCCAACAUGAGUGCUGUUCUGCUCCAUAACUCUCAGCUGGACCACAAACGGAUCAAACACCCAAGUGCUCUUGGAUUAGAGGUUGGUCAGCAGAUUCAGGUUAAAUACUUUGGGCGUGACCCAACAGAUGGCAGAAUGAGGCUUUCAAGGAAGGUGUUACAAUCUCCAGUAGCAACAGUUGUUAAGACAUUGAGUGAGAAACAGAGCAUCAGCAUGGGCACCGGGAAUGACCAAGCAACUAGCACCGCCUCUUGAAUCUCCUUGUCCUCCUAGUCUAGGUGACCCACUGUCAAUUGGCAUGCAUCUUAAAGGACAAUUACCAUUUGGUUUCUAAUCCUAAAGUCGUUUUUUAUGCUAAGAGAAAUUGUAAUGGUUCAGUUUUUCUUUAAACAGCUAUUACUAAAUAAUGCUGUCUAUAGCCUCAACUUGCUCAAUAUCAAUGGAGAUGAUCACUGUGGUGGCGUGUUUAUUUUUAUUGGCCAAGAGAACUGUACAUAACAUCAAACCAAACGUGACACUUAUUUCAGGUAGCUUUUAGUGUUUUUGGUCACAUUCCCACAGAGAAAAAAAUUGAUUAGAUAAUUGAAUCAUUCCAUUUCCUCUUAGCCCAUGAAUCACCAUCUUAUCAAUUUAAAAAAGAAAAUGCAUUUCUCCCCUAAAGACUUAAAAUCUUGACUUCACUGAACUUGUUGGUUGCUGAUGUUGCCAAUGAUAUUACCUUUGUCUGGAUGGCGACAUUGUCCUUAGCUAUAAAUGAAACAUUUGCCAGGAAUUAUGUUAGGUUAGACGGUUGUUUUGUUAAUGCUAGGCAUUUGUUUGUAUAUAUUUUAUAAAAAGUGCAAUAAAUAUGUAAAUGAACAAUUUA